AUGGCCAGGCAAUCUUCGUGGUCCUCGAGGACUCUCGCCCACUUUCGUCAAGGCGGCAAACUGGAGCCGUUCAGACUUCUCAGGCAAGAUGCUCGCAACCUUCGGAGGCGAUGGGUGUCGGACUGGACAGUCUUCAACCAGCUCGUGGUAGCCAGCGCUGUCUACGUCUUUUUUACCAACAUCCUGCCCGGCAUCACUUUUGCGGGUGAUCUGUACGUUCUCACUGGGAGAUCGUGGGGGACGAUUGAGGUUGUUUUUAGCACUGGGUUGUGUGGUGUCAUCUUUGCGGUGUUCUCUGCUCAGCCGUUGACUAUUCUUGGGGUUACUGGGCCGUUUUCGGUGCUGGCCGAGAAUUUGUACGAGUUGUGCAGUGAUAGCUUCAAGGUGCCCUUCCUGCCUGUUAUGGCCUGGUCUCUUAUCCAUUCGGCUUGGAUGCAUUACCUUUUGGCCAUCUUCAACGCCCACGACUGGACCAUGCAGUAUGUUACAGACUUCAGCGCCGAUAUCUUCUCGCUGCUCAACAGCAUCAUCUACUUCCACAAGGCAGCCAUGGAGCUCAAGCGGACGCACGAGCAGAUGCCGCUGGACUCGUUUCUCUACGCCAUGAUUGGCGCUGUUGGGACGUGUUUGGUUGCUAUGCUCCUGUCCACGGCUACAAAGUGGAAGCCCCUUUUUGGGCGUGUCAUCCGGAUGGGAUUGUCUGAGUAUGCAGCUGCGAUAUCGAUUAUUCUGUUUAUUGGGAUUCCGUAUAUUGGAGACCUGGCCGACUUGGAUCAUGGCCGGCUUGCGGUGCAGACUUCUUUCCGGCCGACGAAUCCAGAACGCGAGGUGUUUUUUGUGAGGUUCUGGGAGCUGCCUGUGGAGUGGGUGUUUAUCUCGAUCAUCCCAGGGGCGAUCAUCACGAUACUUUUCUAUUUUGACCAUGAGAUCAGCAGCAUCAUCUGCACUGUCGACCGGUACGGGGUGAAGAAACCUGGAGGAUAUGCUUGGGAUAUUGCCUUGCUGGGCACGACAACGGCCUUGUGUGGGAUAUUGGGUAUCCCGCCGGCCAACGGGCUGUUGCCACAGGCACCACUUCAUUCAGAAUCCCUGCGGCAUUGGGUAGUUGAUGAGGAUCAAGUUGUUCCGGCCCCUGAAGAAGAAGAAGAAGAAAGCGGCGCCCAUACGAACCUUGUUCCCAGGGUCUACGAACAGCGAUACUCCCACUUCCUGCAAGCAGCCAUGAUAAUGGUGUUUGUCAGCCCGCCUUUCCAGCGAGUCUUGGGUCUGACACCGACUUCGGUGUUGGCGGGAUUGUUCAUGUUUAUGGGUUAUCAGUCCCUCAGUGUGAACCCUAUGCUGACGAGGUUCUUUCACUUGCUCACACCGCCAUCUGAGCUGCCCGAGUUGCCUGCGGGGGUGGGUUGGGGAGGGGUGCAUGCUUAUACUGUCACGCAGAUUUUGGUCACGGUGGGGAUCUUUGCCGUGACGCUUACGGUUGCGGCGCCGGGGUUUCCGCUGUUGAUCAUCAUCUUGGUGCCGGUGAGGUUGUGUGUGAUGAAUCGGGUUUGGGGGAGGGAGACGUUGGGGUUUGUAGAUGGCUGGGCCUGUCGGGAGGGGAAGCCGGAGGACGAUGAGAUGGUGGGAGGGGAUGAGGGGUUUGUGGCCGGGGGAAGAGACGUGGAGGAUGGAGGGGGGAGGUCCAAGAGUCAAUGA